CCGAUCACUAUCAUACCUCCACACUCCUCUCCUGUACAUACCGAUCACUGUCAUACCUCCACACUCCUCUCCUGUACAUACCGAUCACUGUCAUACCUCCACACUCCUGUCCUGUACAUACCGAUCACUGUCAUACCUCCACACUCCUCUCCUGUACAUACCGAUCACUGUCAUACCCCCCACACUCCUCUCCUGUACAUACCGUUUACUGUCAUACCCUCCACACUCCUCUCCUGUACAUACCGAUCACUGUCAUACCCUCCACACUCCUCUCCUGUACAUACCGAUCACUGUCAUACCCCCCACACUCCUCUCCUGUACAUACCGAUCACUGUCAUACCUCCACACUCCUCUCCUGUACAUACCGAUCACUGUCAUACCUCCACACUCCUGUCCUGU